AUGGACGGCAAUGUCCAGUUCAUGGCCGAUACGGCCGAGCGGCGACGUACUCAAAAUCGCCUAGCUCAGCGCAAAUUCCGUGAGAAGAGGCGGAGGGUCGCGAAUAAUGCCGUCCUAGAGACGCCUCAAGAUGCAAGUGGAACCUUCAGAGCACCAUUACAAUCAACGCCAACAGCCAACAACAAUGGGGACUUUCCAAUGGAAUCCUUGCCUUUGUUCGCAAGCGCGCUCACCAGACCCGGCGGAGCUUUUCCUCCAAGCGAAACUUCGAUCGCUAGCACACAGCCAGGGCCGGUAGAACACUUUAAUCUCGAUGCGAUCGACCAGUUCUUGUACCAAACCAACAAUGAUUUCUCCUUUCUUUUGUCCGAUCCAAUGCCUGUCCAGCCAAGUUUGACAGGAACGAAUUCCACCCAAAGCAAAUCCCCCGACCCUGCUUCACCCCGGACACCCUCCAAUAGCGCAGAAAACGAUCAUGCGAGGCUGCUCUCUCGACAUGGGGAUAGUCCUAGACCGAUGUUAUAUCGCAGAACAUCCGACUCUGAUAUUCGCCCUGAGAGUCCGGGCCCCCAGCUCCCGAAGUCACACAACGACGACACGGUGUUGGAACUCAUUACAUCGGCCAGAAGUGACAAGGGAUGGAUUGGCACGCUUCACAUUGCCGCUCAGAAGGGGCACGAGAGGAUUGUUCGAGUUCUUUUGUUGCGGGGUAACAUGGAUGCAAACAAGCAAGAUAGUGACGGUCGGACACCCUUGAUACACGCCAUCAUUGAGAAUCACGAUUCUGUAGUCCGCCUACUACUCUCCCACGGUGCUCGAAUAGGCGUGUAUGAUUGCGAUGGUCGCUCGGCACUGCAUUGGGCGGUGUUGUAUCGGCGAUUCGGGAUACUGCAGCAAUUGCUUGAACAUCGUGCCAAGUACGAAUGCAGUUUGGAUCUUGAUGCGUACGACAAUGCUGGUUGGACUCCGUUGCAUAUGUCUGUAGAUAGAGCUUUCGAGGCUGGAAUUUUGAUGCUUCUCCAGGAAGGCGCGGAUAUCGACGCAAAAGCACAGAAAUGUCCAUAUACAGGCAUGAUCGUGCCGCUGAUGGAUGGACAGCGAUAA